AUGGCGACCCGCGCACAGAAGCGCGUCAACCUUGCGGUUUCCAAGGUUGUCCCGCCCCUGAUCAUUGGCUUCAUCAUUUAUGCCUGCUAUGUGGUCACGAAACCGUUAUGCAUUGAUUAUCUCAUUCACCCUCUACCUCAUUAUCAUCGAACUCCUCGGGUCGGCGCGGGCGUCGUAAUCCUGGUCCUUUACUUUAUCCUCUUAAUACCCAUGCUCGGAACAUACCUUCGACUUUUAUAUAAUACCAAACCUCAAAACACUCAGACACACGACUCGGUUGGCGUCGGGGACCAGGAAACCCCCCGAGAACCAGAGAAAGGGGACGAGACAUUGGACAUGGAGCAAGGCGUGAUUAGCCAAGCUGAAAAGCAAGCAUCUCAGUCGGAUGAGCUCAGUCUAGAGACAUUCUACACAAAGGAGGUUUUUGUUUGCCAGGAUGAUGGGCGACCUCAAUAUUGCUCUACUUGUUGUCAAUUCAAAAUGGAUCGAUCACACCAUUGUCGCGAAAUUGAUCGAUGCGUGCGCAAAAUGGAUCAUUUCUGUCCUUGGGUUGGCGGAGUGGUCUCGGAGACUACAUUCAAAUUCUUCGUUCAAUUUGUUGCGUACACUGCUCUGUUUUGCACAUUUGCUCUAAUCAUAUCUGCAUACUUUACUGCCGAACUACGUCGAGAUACUGGAAGCGUUAACCCUCAUUUGAGCGGCUUCUUUGGUUUCUUUACCUUCUCAAUGACUGUCAGCUCUCUCCAAAUGGCGAUGAUGAAUAUCACCACCAUUGAGAACCUCGGUCGUCGUUCUCGCGUUUGGACAUUAGCUAUCCGUGUUCCCGACCACCUACUCCAACGACUCUGGGUGACUGAAUCCCCAUGGGCCCCCACUUUCCGCAUGGUAUCAUAUCCACCAGAAGCGCCUACAACGCCACCGCAGCCCCAAACCACCGAUCCAUCUACAGAGCAGCGCUACGUCUUCGCUAUUCUCCACACCCAACCAGGCGAGAACCCAUAUGAUCUUGGCGGCUGGAAAAAUCUCCAGCAGGUCAUGGGCUACAAUUUGACAGACUGGCUUAUUCCCUGGAAGCCAAGUCCUUGUACAGAUCACAGCAGUCAAGAAAGUGCGUUCGCUCUAGGACCCGUCGUGGCACGCUUGAAGCAAGACGCGGGAUUGAUUUAG